UCUUCACUUUGUCCGGCGGAUUAUCAACUCAUCAGAACCGAACUCGACCGGUGGAAGCGGAGCAGAGAUGCCGCUCCUCCACAGAAAAGCCUUCAUCCGACAGAAAGCUCCGGCUGACCUGAGACCCGAGGAGGAAGUGUUCCUCUGCAAGAUCACGCACGAGAUCUUCAGGACCUAUGAUGAGUUCUUUGAGCGGACCAUCCUGUGUAACAGUCUGGUGUGGAGUUGUGCUCUGACGGGUCGAGCAGGUUUAACGUAUCUUGAAGCGGUGGACAGCGAGCGGCGAGCGAAGCAGAGUCUGCAGAACUUCCCUCCGUUGUUGUUGGCGCCGCUGCUCCACUUAGCGUCUCUGAGCCGCCGCUGCAGGCUGACGGAGCUCUGCGAGGACGUCUACACCUUCGUCAAAGACCGGUUCUUCCCCGGAGAGACGGUCGACGUCAGCGGACGCAACGGAGCCAAACAUGUGUGUCAGAUCCUGCAGGUUCACUCUCCUCAUUCCACCGUUAACGGCGUGCCGGCGGCUAACGGUCACGCCAAGUCGGCCGGCGGCGACGCCAUCGUCAUCAGUGACAGCGAGGAAGAGCGCGACGCCUUCCAGAGCCCCCCCCCACAGGUCAACGGGAAGAAGAAGAAGAAGUCUCUGAGUCCGUCAGUGUUUAAAUACACAGUGAAGAUGAUGAAGGACGAACACAGCGAACCGUUCACUGUCAAAGCCAAUCAGAUCAGUCGUAGGAAGAACGUUCUGUCCAGAGAACGUCUGAAGCUUCUCUUUAAGCAACACUGUGAACCUCAGAACGGGACCAUCGGCCUCAAGUCCUCCACAGUGAUGAAGUAUCGGCUCUCUGAACAAACCUUCUCUCAGUUCUUCCCUGAUGAUCCUCCGCUGUUCCCCUUCAGCCCCGCCAGAGGCCGAGGCUCACCUGGACAGGGCCCGUCGCUGCUGAAGGCUGCGGAGGAGAAGCUGCUGCAGCAGAGGGAGGAGGCGCACGCUCAGGAUAAAGCUCGGCUGAAGAAGGAGAAGGAGGAGGCGCAGGAGGCAAGGAGGAGAGAGAAGGAGGACAAGGAGAAGAUGAAGGAGGAGCAGAGGAGGAGGUUCGAGGAGGAGAAGCAGAGGAGGAGGGAGGAGAAGGAGCACAGGAAGCUGGAGAGGGAGAGGGAACGGGAGAAGCUGAAGGAGGAGAAGAAGAAAUACGCAGAACGACUGAAGCUGUGGAACAAACCCAGAGAAGAUAUGGAGUGUGAAGACCUGAAGGACCUCCCCAGUCCCGUCCCAGUGAGGACUCGUCUCCCAGCGGAUCUCUUUGGAGAAGCUCUGAUGGUUCUGGAGUUCCUUCGAGCGUUCGGUGAAGUGUUCGACCUGCAGGACGAGUUCCCCGACGGCGUCUCUCUGGAGGUUCUGGAGGAAGCUCUGGUGGAGUCCGAUCCGGAAGGUCCACUGUGUGAGCUGCUCUUCUUCUUCCUGUCGGCCAUCUUUCAGGCUCUGGAUGAGGAGCAGGAGGAGAUGGCUAAAGACCAGGCUGAAGACUUGUCGGAGGCUCUGGACGAUGACUCUGACCCGACUCAGUCAGCGCUCAGUGCUGUCGCCUCAUUGGCUGCUGCGUGGCCUCAGCUGCAUCAGGGCAGCAGUCUGAAGCAGCUGGACCUGGACAGCUGCACGCUCUCCGAGAUCCUGCGCCUCUACAUCCUGGCGUCCGGCGCCGACUGUAACCACGGCAACGCCAAGUUCCGCUACCAGAAGCAGGGCGGCUUCAACUCUAUGGAUGACCCGUGCGUGGAGCUGCGAUUGGCCGAGCCGGCGCUGCUGAAGAGGCUGUCGUGCACGGCGGUGUACGACCUGGCGCCAGGAGAGAAGCUGCGGAUCCUUCAGGCUCUGGUAGGGAAGCUGCUGACGUUGGCGUCCAGCAGAGAUCUGAUUGAAGAUUGUGUUGAAGAACAAAGAUCAGCGAGACAAGAACUGAGAGAGAUCAGAGCUGAACAACACCGCAGAGAGAGAGAGGAGGCUGCUCACAGGGUUCGGCUCCGUAAGGAGGAGAGACUUCGGGAGCAGGAGCAGAGGCUGAAGGAGAAGGAGGAGAAAAUAAAGGAGCAGGAGGAGAAACUGAAGGAGCAGGAAGUGAAGGAAGACUCCAAACAGACAGACAACCAGAAAGAAAAACAGCAGGCGACCUCUGACCCCAAAGCCUCGUCCUGCCCCCCGAGCCUGACAGCAGAGGAGCUGGAGGAAGAGCAGGAGAAGGUUCGAGAGCUGCAGGAUCGGAUCCAGAAGGCGGCCGCCUGCACCUGCCUGCUGCCGCUGGGCAGAGACCGGCUGUACCGCCGCUACUGGCUCCUCCCGUCCGGCUCCGCUCUGUUCGUAGAGGACGACGGCUUCGGCCUCACGGAGGACAUGUUGAAGCCGAACCCCAAACCUGAGCAGGAAGUCAUCACCAAGAGGGAGGAAGAGGACGGAGUGAAGGAGGAAGAGGACGGAGUGAAGGAGGAGCCGGCGGAGGGAGAUGUCGGCUCCAGCCCCGCCCCCACACACACCUGCGGCCCCCCCGUCGACCGUCCCAACCAAUGGUCCUUCUACAGCUCAGUGGAGGAAGUGGAUCAGCUGAUCGAGGCUCUGAACCCUCGAGGUCACAGAGAGAGCGGCCUGAAGGAGGCGCUGCAGCAGGAGAGAGAGAGACUGCAACAGCUGCUGCAGAGCUGUGAUAGCAACAAAUACACACACACAGACGACCCGGAGUCGUCCCGAUCUGUCCCAGAAUGCACUGCUGCAGCUGAGACCGUGAUGGAGGUGAGACUGAGAGACCUGCUGCUGGACAUCGAGGACCGGAUCCACCAGGGAACUCUGGGAACUCUGAAGUUGAUGGACAGACAGGUGUGGCGCUCCGCACUGGAAGCAGGAAACUACGAGCUGCUGUGUUCUGACGGCAAAGAGAACGGAGGGAUGAACGGAAGAGUGGAGGCCAUGGAGGUAGAGUCUGCUCACCUGAGAGCCAGAGACAGGCUACAGGAGCUGAAGUCGGACAGCGUGGCUCCCUGCAGCGGCAGCGGCAGUGGGACUCCUCAAGCCGUCAGCGGCGCGGUACGAAUCCUGGCUCAGGCUCUGGUUCACAUCGAGCAAGGCAUCGAGAGACGCUUCCUGAAAGCUCCGCUGGGUGAGGAAGACUCAAAGAAAGACCAGAAGACGAAGAAGAACAAGAAGAAGGACGAGGACCAAGCCAGCGAUGACGGCAGUGACAGUGGUCGGGUCAUAAAGACGGUGUUGGACAGAUGGAAGGAUUCUCUGCAGUCCUGCUCCAGUCUGUCUCAGGUGUUCGUCCACCUGUCCAGUCUGGAGCGCAGCGUUCUCUGGUCUCGCUCCGUCCUCAACGCUCGCUGUCGCAUCUGCCGACGCAAAGGAGACGCAGACAACAUGCUGCUGUGUGACGGCUGCGACAGAGGACACCACACACACUGUCUGAGGCCCCGCCUGAAGUCGGUUCCAGAGGGAGACUGGUUCUGUCCAGACUGUCGACCCAAACAGAGAUCCAGCCGCGUCCCGUCCCGUCAGCGCUCCUCUAUCGACGAGGAGGAGGAACAGGAGGAGGAGGAUGAAGAGGAAGAGGAGGAGGAAGAGUCUGAGGAGGAAGAGGAGGAGUCAGAAGAAGAGGAGGAGUCUGAGGAAGAGGAGGAGGAGGAAGUGGUCGUGAGCGCCAAGAAGAGCCAGGCCCCACCCCCCCGAGGCAAGAGCCAGCCCACCACGCCCAAAGGCCAGCAGGCCACGCCCAAAGGCCAGCAGGCCACGCCCAAAGGACAGCAGGCCACGCCCAAAGGACAGCAGGCCACGCCCAAGAGCAGCGCCGCCUCAGCAGGGAAAAGCUCCUCCAGCUCCAGGUCCUCAGGGAAGAAGGCCACGCCCCCAUCAGCCAAGGCCAGCACAGCGUCUAAAGCGCCGCCCCGCGCCGGGAGUCGGACCAGCGCCCGUCUGAGCCACGAGAUCCUGGCACCGAACAGCAGCACCAAAACCUCACCUGGUCCCAACGAAACCCGCAAGAGACCACAGACAGAUGUGACUCCUCCUUCUAAACCCUCCAAACCCGUCCUCCCUCCUGCCGCCUUCUCCUCCUCCUCCUCCUCCAGCCGCCGCUCCUCUGGGAGGAACCACGGCGUCCACGAGCUGUCGGCCUGCGAGCAGCUGACCGUGGAGCUCGUCAGACAUGAAGACAGCUGGCCCUUCAUGAAGCUGGUGUCCAGGACUCAGGUUCCUGACUACUAUGACAUCAUCAAGAAGCCGAUCGCCCUCAGCACCAUCAGAGAGAAAGUAAACAACUGUGAAUAUCAGACGGCAGGUGAGUACAUCUCAGACGUGGACCUGAUGUUCUCUAACUGUCUUCAGUAUAAUCCUCGUCACACUAACGAGGCGAAGGCAGGAAACCGUCUGCAGCAGUACUUCCACUCGGAGCUCGUCAGACUCGGCUUGUCUGAGCGCGGCACCCCCCCGCCCGCCAAGCGCUCCCGACUCUGAAUCAAACCCCCCCCACCCGACCUCACCGCCGUCCACUCUGCUGCGUUCUGAUUGGUGCAGGGACCAGACGUGGGCGGGACACAGACGCUGCCGUCGGUCCCUCCCGAUGGACGCUCCUCACAUUGUUUUGACUUAAAAAUUCUCCGUUGCUCCUUCGUGACCUCUGACCCCUGUUGAACCCUAAUCACAUUUAAAGCAGGGGGUCAAAGUUCACGAAGU